AUACGACGCUUGGGCGCUAUUCUGUUCUUUGCUUUGCCGCUGAGAUUCUAAUGCAACGGAGCCCAAUCAAGCUCAGAUAAUGCCAUCUCCCAACUCUUCCUUCUAGAGCACGCGGACCUGAGGACCACAUAAACGGCAUGGGCACAGACGCAACGCCGCAUCGUUCAUACUGAAACCUCUUCUUGUAGAAUUGUAUUUUCUUCACUCACUUCAGAUGGCAGAUCUUGAGCAAGGAGGAGCAGCCUCUCCCCGAGCCCAGCAGCUCUUCUGAACGCGAGGGAUCGGAUCUGAGAAAGCGCUGGUGUGCCCGGGGUGCUUCCAGCUGCCCUCUUGCUUCUUCUUUCCGAAGGGGAAAGUAUCAGGAUUACCAGCAGAUGUAAAUUGAAGGACACUUCUGAUAGGCACUGGUGAGGAAGAAAGGGGGGGAAAGCUGCAGACUGUGAGAGUCGGGAGCUCGCGCGCAAGGCUCAACAUAUCACUGGAUUCUACAUUUAUACCUCAAGAAAAAUGUCAUCUCAUACGAAGAUCAAGAAGGACAAGGAGAUCAUUGCGGAGUAUGAAACGCAAGUGAAAGAGAUCCGUAAUCAGUUGGUGGAGCAGUUCAAGUGCCUGGAGCAGCAAUCAGAGGCUCGGAUCCAGCUGUUGCAGGACCUGCAGGAGUUUUUUCGGCGUAAAGCUGAGAUUCAACUGGAGUAUUCUCGCAGUCUGGAGAAACUGGCUGAAAGGUUCUCAUCAAAGAUUCGCGGCCCGAGGAAAGAACAACACCUCCUCUCUUCAGUAAACUGCUGGUAUCUGGUUUUGAAUCAGACUCGAAGAGAGAGCAGAGAUCAUGCCACACUUAACGACAUCUACAUUAAUAAUGUCAUUGUUCGCCUGGCUCAGAUCAGCGAGGACGUCAUCCGGCUCUUCAAAAAGAGUAAAGAAAUUGGCAUUCAGAUGCACGAGGAACUGGUGAAAGUGACAAACGAGCUGUAUACUGUGAUGAAGACGUAUCACAUGUACCACACGGAGAGCAUCAGUGCAGAAAGCAAACUGAAAGAGGCUGAGAAACAAGAAGAAAAGCAGUUUAGCAAAUCUGGAGACCUCAAUGUCAACCUCCUGCGCCACGAGGACCGACCCCAGCGCCGCAGCUCGGUCAGGAAGAUUGAGAAGAUGAAGGAGAAGAGGCAAGCCAAGUACUCCGAGAACAAACUGAAAUGCACAAAAGCCCGCAACGACUAUUUAUUGAACCUGACAGCCACCAACGCCGUUGUGGCGAAAUAUUACAUCCACGAUGUUUCGGAUAUGAUUGAUUGCUGUGACCUCGGGUAUCAUGCUAGCUUGGCACGCACAUUAAGGACGUAUCUGUCUGCUGAGUACAACCUGGAGACCUCUCGCCAUGAGGGUCUGGACAUCAUUGAGAACGCUGUGGAUAACCUGGACCCUCGUAGCGACAAGCACAAGAUCAUGGACAUGUACAAUCAGGUCUUUUGCCCACCCAUGCGCUUUGAGUUUCUGCCGCACAUGGGAGACGAGGUGUGCCAGGUGAGCGCCCAGCAGCCCGUCCAAACCGAACUUCUGAUGCGUUACCACCAGCUGCAGUCUCGCUUGGCAACGCUCAAGAUUGAGAAUGAGGAGGUGCGCAAGACCCUGGAUGCCACCAUGCAGACCUUACAAGACAUGCUGACAGUGGAGGACUUUGAUGUAUCAGAUGCUUUCCAGCACAGCCGAUCCACGGAGUCCAUCAAAUCCGUGGCUUCUGAGAGUUACAUGAGCAAAUUAAACAUUGCUAAGAGACGAGCCAAUCAGCAGGAGACGGAAGUCUUCUACUUCACUAAAUUCAAGGAGUACCUGAACGGCAGUAACCUCAUCAUUAAGCUGCAGGCCAAGCAUGACCUGCUGAAACAGACUCUGGGGGAAGGAGAAAGAGCUGAAUGUGGAACUACAAGACCCCCAACCCUUCCCCCGAAACCACAGAAAUUGCGGAAACCAAGGCCUCGUUCCAUCUAUAACCAUAAGCUGUUUAAUGGCAAUAUGGAGAGUUUCAUUAAGGACUCAGGUCAACCCAUUCCUCUGGUGGUGGAGAGUUGUAUUCGAUACAUUAAUCUAUAUGGGCUGCAGCAACAAGGCAUAUUCCGAGUUCCUGGAUCUCAGGUGGAAGUCAACGAUAUUAAAAAUUCAUUUGAAAGAGGUGAGGAUCCACUGGUUGAUGAUCAGAACGAUCAUGACAUCAACUCUGUGGCUGGCGUUCUCAAGCUGUAUUUCAGAGGGCUGGAGAACCCUAUUUUCCCCAAGGAGCGCUUCCUGGAUUUGAUCUCCACCAUCAAGCUUGAAUCAUCUGCGGAUAGAGCCCACCACAUCCAGCAGAUCAUCGUCACCCUUCCUCGUACCAUCAUCAUCGUCAUGCGAUACCUGUUUGCUUUUCUAAAUCAUCUGUCCCAGUACAGUGAUGAGAACAUGAUGGACCCAUAUAACCUUGCCAUCUGUUUUGGACCCACUCUGAUGCCCAUCCCGGAGGGUCAGGACCCUGUGGCCUGUCAGGCUCAUGUUAAUGAGGUCAUCAAGACCAUCAUCAUCAACCAUGAGGUCAUCUUCCCCAGCCUGCGUGAGCUGGAUGGCCCUGUCUAUGAGAAAUGUAUGACUGGAGGAGAGGAGUACUGUGACAGUCCUCACAGUGAACCAGGCACCAUUGAUGAAGCAGACAACUGCACCGAACCACACACAAGCGAUGAUGAGGUUGAGCAGAUUGAAGCUAUUGCAAAGUUUGAUUACAUGGGUCGGACUCCUCGAGAGCUGUCUUUCAAAAAAGGUGCAUCCCUUUUGCUGUAUCAUCGUGCAUCUGAGGACUGGUGGGAGGGCCGACACAAUGGGGUUGAUGGACUCAUACCUCACCAGUAUAUAGUAGUACAAGACUUGGAUGAUGCGUUCUCUGAUAGUCUGAGUCAGAAGGCUGACAGCGAGGCCAGCAGUGGACCUUUACUGGAUGAUAAAGCCUCAUCCAAAAACGAUCUGCAGUCCCCGUGUGAACCUUCACCUGAUUACAACUUCGGCGGGGUCAUGGGCCGGGUUAGGUUGCGUUCGGAUGGGUCUGCCAUUCCUCGACGCCGCAGUGGCACUGACUCUCACAGUCCUGCCCGAGACACACCGCCACGGGCCACCGCCUGCCCCAGCAGCCCCCACAAGGUGGCGGUCAGUAGAGGCCACAUAGAGAGUCCUGAGAAGAGACGUUUGGGAACCUUUGGCAGUGCAGGCAGCAUUAACUACCCUGAGAGAAAGGUCUAUCCUGAGGGUCACCCGCUCAGGCCGUUGCCAGGAGCAACAAGACACAGCAGCCUAGGAGACCACAAGUCCUUGGAGGCUGAGGCUUUGGCAGAGGAUAUUGAGAAGACAAUGAACACCGCACUUCAUGAGCUCCGUGAAUUGGAACGCCAAAACACAGCCAAACAAGCUCCCGACGUUGUUCUGGAUACUUUAGAACCGCUCAAGAACCCCGUGUGCUCAGAGCCAGCGAGCCCCUUACACACCAUCAUGAUCCGAGACCCGGACGCGGCCCUGAGACGCAGCAGCAGCUCCACUACGGAGAUGAUGACCACCUUUAAACCGGCGCUGUCCGCCAGAUUGGCCGGAGCCCAGCUCAGACCUCCACCUAUGAGACCCAUGCGACCCCCGCCCACGCAGCACCGCUCCAGCAGCUCCAGCUCCUCAGGGGUGGGAAGCCCUGCCGUGACCCCCACAGAGAAGAUCUUUCCAAACAAUGCGAGCAACGCUGCAGCUUCCUCUGCCAACUCUGGCGAGAAACCCGGGACCAUGUAGCAGCAGCAGGCCCGUGGUGCGGUGUAGCUACCUGUGCCGCUGAGGGCUAGAUGCUUGUUCUAGGAAGGAAGUUCAGGAGUGCUGUUUCUUUUCUGAAUUAAUUUUUUGAGCCUUUAAGAGUUCUAGAACUGCAGCUGAGCUGUGGCUUAGUAGUUUGGCGUGUUGAGCCUGGUUGCAGAUGAUGUGAGUCGAGUCUGGCUCAAAUGAUUUUCCCAUUCCAUUCUGUUCUUCCUAUCAUUUCCUCCCCUCUCUGUGGAAAAGACAAAAAAAAUCCUAAAAUACAAGGGAAAAAAGACAUUUCCAGGGUAAAUUUCAUGCUAUGAUAAAAAGAAGGUUUUUUAUUAUUUUUAUUAUUAAUUUUACCUCAGAAUUACUAUUAACUUGUUCUUUUUGGCCACAUUUUUAUUUAGAGCAAGCUCAAACGAGUGGUUUGCAUUUAUUUCUCUCUGCACUGGUUGGCCAGAAGAGUUCUGUUAUUAAUAAAUGAGCAAACUCUCAUUGGAGGACUGUUUUAAAAUUAGUGAUAAGUCCCGCCCUCCAGAACUGAACUGUACAUAUAAUAGAACCAAAUGGUCACUCAAAGACUGUCUAACACGGCCAGCUACCUUUGAGCUUUUGUAAAUAGAGAUAUAAUGUACUUGAACUUGUAAUGCCUUUCGUUUGUAGAAUAAGCGAUAUACAUUUAAGUAACAACAUAGCCAAGCUGUAUACAUAUAUGAGAUGCAGAAAACCAAUAUACCAACUAAUUAUAAGAAACCUGUGGUAAAAUGUAGUUUUACUUGUAUAUAAAUUUUGGGUAGAUUCUUUUUUUAAGUGUCAAUCUUGUACAGCCGAGGACAGAACAGGCAGGGAGACUAGAACGGCUUUUAUCAAAAACAUUUGCAACCCGAGACGCAAACAAAUAAUCAAUCAAUAGUCUGAGCCAUUAAUAUUAAUAUUAGUUUGGAGAGUGUGCUACUUUUUUUUUCUCUGUGUUUUUUGGAUCACAUCAGCUUUCUAAUAGAAAAAGCAGUUCAUCAUGCCUAAUUUACACAUUUAAAUGCUUCAUUCUUAUAAAGUUACGUGGCCUUAAGGCAUUCCAGUGAGCUCCAUGUUAUUGCAAGCAUCCAUCAUUUACAUAUUUCAAAUAGUCCUGCUUUGGACAUGUAUUCCAUAUAUACUCUGUCAGCUGAUUAUAUGAAUAUUAAUGCUUACUAAAAUAACCAGUUGACACACAAGCUACCCAAGCAGAAGGGUGAAUCGCACCAAACAUGCUGGGGACUUUUGAUGAGAAUUUGUAAAAAAAAAAAAAAAAAAUUGUAUCAGUUGUCACAGCAAUAAUAUCAUAACAGAAAAUUCUUACAGGACUCAAUUUCUUAUGCAAAAUAUAUUAUCAUUUUUUUUUCUUUUCAUUUUUUUUUUUCAUGAUCCGGACAUAUUUUUGUGAGAUUCACUCAAAAACUUGUGUGUCUCAAAUAUACCAUAUUUCCCAGAUACAUUUAUAAAUGCAUACCACACUGUCUCUGACUAGGGACAGAUCCCUCCUCCAGAUCUAAGUGUUCUACAUGAUAACAUCAUAAUACAAAAAAAAUUAUAAAUAUACAAUAAUACAAAAAUAUCCUAAAAUUACUUUUUUUUUUCUCCAAAAUAUAUUUUCAUUUUUUUUUUUUUUGGUCUUGUUUUUGGUAGAUAUAGGAUGCAAAGUAAAGAAUAUUUUCUACUGCAAUGAAUGAUGCAUUUGUAAAUACAUGCCACACUCCCUGUGGUGAGGUACAGAUCCCUCCUCCACAUUUAAAUAUUCAAUAGCCUAGAGAAACCAGCUCCAACAAGAGAAACUCCACUGACCCCAAUCUGUCAUAUCAUCUCCGGUUCAUCUUCAGCGUUACCCCUCCUCCCUGAGUUGUGCUUGAAGAGGGAAUACCCAACCGUGUACAAAAUUUGCCCGACUGACCUAGAUAUCCACUUAAACACGCUGAGCCCAAAGCUUUAAUCUCAUCUUCUUCACCGAUUUUUCUUUUGCAGUUUGCCUUAGGAUUUGCCACUUCACGCAGUCCAAUCAUAAAGCUUGUGUAAGGAAAAAAUUAAUUACAUAAAAAUUGUUCUCCUAAGAAAACAGUACUGUUACUACGCACAAUUUUUAAUCUAGAAAUAUCUCUAGAUUUGCGUUUGAUGUCAUGCUUGAGCUGUUACAUCAUCUGUCUCCAUUAGUCUUAUGUUUCUUGUUGAUGCCAUGUUGAUUUACGCUUGCAUUUAGGGCAUAAAAAAAAACGAAAACCUCUUCUGAGACUUGGUGUACUGUUGCUGCCAUCUUGAAUUACUUGGAAAUGACUGGUAAUUAGCUUCUGUCCAAAUUCCUCAGCUUUGUAGUAGCAUGGGCCUGUUGUCCGCAUGUGAGGGAGACUGACUUGCACGUGCUUGUCUUUACCAAGCAACACUGUUCAAAGACUGAUAGUGGUGGCUUUCCCUAGAUACAAUUCACAAUGUCCUAAAAUAUGUUAACCUUUUAUCCACGAGGGAGCGAUUUGAAACUGGGUCUGUAGCUGUGAGGAUUCAGCUCAUCUCAGGAAGUGAUUCUAAUUUUGUUUAUAAUGUCUCUUACCGUACCACUUCCACAUAGGCAUCAUUUUAUCACAUGCAUAAAGACUAUUAUUCACUAUUACUAGGGCACAUAUCUAUUUCUGGACGUUCAUUUGAAUUCAGCCGUAACACUUCUGCAUAAUUACAUCUGGAUGGAUGAGGGUUUAAUUCUGUUUACAGUAAAGAGCAUGCAUAAUAUAGCAGUCAUAAUUCAAUGUAUAAAACAGACUGUUUUGGAUCAGUCUUCUGUGAUUUGCAGUAAAGUGAUCCCAAGUUCAUAGAAAAUUAAGUGUUAAUUGUUACAGAAUAACAGGAAAACUCUUACUAGUAUUUACUAUAGAAACUAAUGAUUAAUUAAUUAAUUGGCUCCAAAUAAAGAUGUAAAUAAAAAUGUAAUUAAAAAUGUAAAAUUUAAUAUUUUUUUGUUUUUAUUGUUAUUAUUAUUAAUAAUAAUCCUCAAAUAUACCAAGAUAAAUUUUCAUCCAGUAAUCAUAACUGACAAAAAGGUCAUGGAAAUGUAUUAAUAAAAGUGUGAGAGCCCUUGAAUUACCAGUUCAGUCUUGUUUAGUGCGGAUUUACCAGAUAAACGUUCUUUACACAAAUGGGCUAAGACAAAUACUGCCCUCUGGUGGCCUUAAAUGGCCUGUCCCUGCUCACAACCUGUCUCUGUUGGUCAGUGCUGGUAUAGAAUACUUCUAUAGUAAAUACCGGAGAAAAUAAAAACAGUUGGCAGACAUGAAGCUGUUUGUUACAAAUAUAACCAUAUUUCUCACUGUUUCUCAUAUGUUCUACCGUUUAUCUUGUCUUAGUGUCAUUCUCUAACUCUAGCUUGCACUAGCAGCCAUGCACCAAAGGAUCAUGUAAAUCAGUGUACGUUGAGAAACCCACAACCAUACACUGUCUUUACUCAUGCUGUAAUCAUGCCUUUGAGUGUCAUGAGUUUCAUGCAUUUGAAUACUUGAGUAUCAGACUUCUGCUCGGGAAAGUCAGCGCAUUACAUUCUCAUAUAUCUGUGGUACAGCUCAUCUAGUGCAUACUGUAUAGUAGUGCCUAUGUAACGAGCCGAAGUUGGAUAAUAAAUGAUAUCAAGUUUACAGAAACUGCCAUCCGUAACAUACUAAAAUAGUCGUGGCUGUGUCACUCAUCUCUGUCUGUCUCUCCUCUGCCAGUGAACUCAAGGCUGUGCUGUGAAAAGCGUAUACUUUUGCUGUUAAGUUAAAUCUUCUACCCAAGCUAAUGCAUUGCAGUAUUUAAGGCCGUGUUGGUCUGAUAAUAGGAUGUUGUAUGGUACUUGCACGAUUACGAAGGCACUUGGUGCAUCCCUGUACUUAAUAGACUGUAUGUGAUGUUACUGGAAGUAUGUUUUGGGAAUGUAUGCUACAAUGGGCGUGUAUUGUACGUAUGCCACAGUGGGUGUUUAUUGUAUGUAUGCUAAGAUAACAGAAAAUAUAGGCUUUCUCCUUCUCUGGACACAGUGUUCCACAGGGCAAAAGUGCCGUCUGUCUGUAGUAGUGGGUUGUGAAAACUGUCGUUUGGGUUUUUUUCCUCCUCUGAACACUUUUUGUCUAGUGAUGCUGUUCUCAAAUGAGUGUUUGAAUGGUUGGAUAUACCCCCCUGUGAUGUUAUCCUACACCCUCCCACUGUUUGGAUGUGAACCAUUCUGAAGUCCAAAUAAAUACUUUUUUUUUUGACCUUA